UUGGUUUCCUGCAAACCCAGAGCCUCAACUGCUCAGACUUCUAGAAACAAAGGAAUGUUUAUGGUCAGAAAAUGAAUACAGUCCUGAGAAAUUGGUAAAUAAAGAGCAGAAGAAUGGCCUCCAGUAUCGAAAGAGUGUCAGAGCUGAGGAUAAUUCUGUUGGGGAAAAGUGUCUCACAGACCAGCAGUGUGGGAAACUUCAUCCUGGGAAAAUCUGUGUUUGAGACUGUAGAUCCUUCACAUUCAGUAGAGGUUCACAGUGAGAGAGUUAGAGGACCAGUGGAGGAAAGAAUCAUCACAAUCAACACACCCCAUCUCUACAACCCACAGCUCUCUCAGGAGGAACUGAGUCGGAGAGUAAAAGAGAGCAUUUCAAUCUCAAAACCUGGACCUCAUGCAUUUUUACUUGUGGCGCAGUCUACCAAUUUUAAAGAGGAGGACAGAACCCGAAUGAAAUCCAUCCUGAGCUCCUUCAGUGAUCAAGCUAUAAAUUACACCAUUGUGAUAAACAUAGAAAGAGGGUUUUAUAAGUCAGUUUUUGAAGGAAAGUACACAGCUUUUCACAGGUUAACAGAUGAAUGUCAUAGGAGGCUUCAGAGUUUUCCACGGUUACAUGAAUCGAACAAGGGCUCAGUUUGUCAACUGUUUGAGAAUAUUGACCAAAUGGUGAAGGAUAAUGGAGGAGGACACCUUGUGUGUGAGAUUUUUGAGGAUGCACAGCAGUCUUUUAAACAUUAUGGCAAACCUGCAACAGGGAUAAAGAAAAGAAAUACACCUUUUACUGAAGAUAAAACCAAGACAAAACAAUUAAAUGUAACAGGACUUUUUAAAAGAACAAAUGCACCAGAAAUGUGGAGGAGCAAAAGAAGGAGCACAUGCCCACCUCCUGUAGUGGCUGUUCUGAGAGUUGUUCUGUUGGGGAAAGGUCUCUCACAGACCAGCAGUGUGGGAAACUUCAUCCUGGGAAGAUCUGCGUUUGAGACUAAAGAUCCACAUUCAGUAGCACUUCGUAGUCAGAAAGUUAGUAGAUCAAUAGAGGGAAGAUACAUAACCAUUAUCAACACACCAGAUCUCUGUAAACCACAACUCUCUUUGGAGGAACUGACUCAGAGAAUAAAAGAGUGUAUUUCACUUUCUGAACCUGGACCUCAUGCAUUUUUAAUUGUGGUGCAGCCUCACGACCUUACAGAGGAGGACAUAAACCGACUGAGAUUCAUCCUGAAAUCCUUCAGUGAUAAAGCAAUAAACUACACCAUUGUAAUAAACAUAGAAAGUGAGAUUUACAAGUCAGCACAUGAAGGAAUGUACACAGCUUUUCACAAGUUAACAGAUGCAUGUCAUGGGAGGCAUCACAUUUUUACACAGUUACAUGCAGGAAACAAGGACUCAGUUUGUCAGCUGUUUGCGAAGAUCGACCAAAUGGUUGCUGAUAAUGGGGGAGAACACCUUGUUUAUCAGAUUUCUGAGAAUGUAGAGAACACUUUGAAACCUGAUGGUGUACCUACAACAAAGGAACAGAAAAGUACUAUAGGUUUUCCUGAUGACCAAAUCAAGACAAACAAAUUAAAUGUAACAGGAAGUGUUAAAAGAACAGAAUUAAAACAGGAUCCAACUUUGAAAAUGGUGCUGCUUGGGAGGGAAGAAGAAAUAAAGGCUUCAGUAUCUAAACUGUUCAGAGGUAAAAAGACUUCACAGGUCCAAAAAGAUUCAGAGUCCAGCUCAGAGUGUGUGAUAAGCAAAGGAGAAGUGAGUGGACACCUGAUCACGCUGGUGGAGAUGCCCGCUCUCUGCAAGACUCGGCUCUCAGAAGAGGAAGUGAUGCGUCAGACUCUACACUGUGUCUCUGUCUGCGAUCCUGGAGUUCAUGCUUUCUUCCUCAUCGUUCCUGAAGGUCCUCUCACUGAUGAAGAUAAAUCAGAAAUAGAGAUGUUUCAGAGGAUCUUCAGCUCCAGAGUUAAUAAUCACACCAUCUUCCUCAUCAACCAGCAGUCCCAGAGGGAACAGAUCGACGAAGUUCUUCAGUCUGUGAUAAAGGCAUAUGGAGGACAAUAUAAAUUCUACAGCAGCAGAACAAAUGCAGCAGAACUGAUUACGUGUGUGAAGGAUCUUCUUAAAAAGAACAGCGGUAGUCAGUACACCAUGGCCAUGUACUCUGAUGCCCAGUUUGAAACACAGCUGCAGUACAAAAGAGAAAUUGAAAAACUGCAACAACGAAUUAAAGAGCUCAAGAUGAGAAACAGUGAUCAAACACAAGAUUUAACAGAAAGCCCUGACACACUCAGAAUUGUGUUGCUGGGGAAGACUGGAGUUGGAAAGAGUGCAACAGGAAACACCAUUCUGGGGAGAGACACUUUUACUGAAGACUUGUCUGAUCAGUCAGUAACCAUUGUGUGUCAGAAAGAGACAGUAGAAAACAAUGGAAGACAGAUUACUGUGAUUGACACUCCAGGACUGUUUGACACAAAUACUGAUAAUGAUGAAACCAGGAAAGAGAUUGUUAAAUGCAUCUCCAUGGCAGCACCUGGUCCUCAUGUGUUCCUGCUGGUGCUGAAAAUAGGACAACGCUUCACAGAGGAGGAGAGAGAGGCAGUGAGAAUCAUUGAAAAGACGUUUGGUGAAAAAUCUAAAAUGUACACUAUUGUUCUGUUCAGUGGAGGUGAUUUACUUAAAGGAACUACAAUUGAACAGUACAUGGAAAAUGCUGGGACAUGGUUAAAGAGGCUUGUAUCAGAGUUUGGUAACAGAUAUCACAUGCUUAAUAACAAUGAUAAACACAGAAACCCACGAGCCCAAGUCCUGACUCUCCUGGAUAAGAUCGACUCAAUGGUGAGAGCGAAUGGAGGAAGCUGCUAUACUAAUGAGAUGUUCCAGGAGGUAGAGAAAGCUCUAGAAAAAGAAAAGGAGAGAAUACUAAAGGAGAUAGAGGAGCAGAUACAGAGAGAGAAAGAAGAACUGAAAGACAAACAUAAAGCUGAAAUAGAGAAAUUGCAGAAGGCAAUGGAAGAAGAACAACAGAAAAGAGAAAGUGAGAGAAAAAGCAGAGAGGAGGAAUUUAAAGAAAGAGAAAAGAAACUCAGACAGGAGAUGGCAGAAAGAGAACGAUCAGAAAGAGAAUAUUAUGAGAGAAGGAUGAAGGAAAAGAUGGAAGAAAUAAACAGAGAGAGAGAGGAGAACAGGAAACAGUGGGAGAAACAAAGAGAGGAAGAUCAAAAACGGCGAGAUCAGGAGGAGGAGGAAAGAAAGAGGAGAGAACAAGAAUGGAAGAAGCAACAGAUGGAGGAGAAAGAGAAGUUUAAAAGAGAACAAGAAGAGAUGAAAAAGAAAGAAAAAGAAGAAUUAAAGAAAUUACAACAGGAGUAUGAACAGAAGGUAGCAGAGGAAGACAGGAGAAGAAGGGAUUUAGAGGAAAAAAUAAAAUAUGCAGAGAAAAGUAAAAAGAAGGAACUACUAGAUCUUCAGUUAUCUCAACAACGACAGUGGGAGAGGAGGAUGAAGGAGGAGGAGGAGAGGAGAAAAAAACAGGAAAUUUGGUGGAAGGAAAAAAUGGAAUCUAAGGAAAGAUUCUGGCAGAUUGAACAAGAUAAAAAAAAAAAACAGCAUGAACUAGACAAAAAAGCUGAGCUGGAUAAAAGAGCCAAAGAGGAGGAGAAGAGGAAACUGAAAGAAGAAGAAGAGAAAAGAAGAACAGAGAAUGAAUCUAAUGAAAAGAUAAAACAGAUAAAGAUACAAAUGGACAUUGAGAGAGAAAAUGAAGCAAGGCAACGAGAAGAAAAGUACAAAAAACAACUAGAAGAGAACUUGCAGGUGGAGAGACAGGCUUUUCAAAAAGAAAAAGAAAAAAGAGAAUGCGCUCAUAAAAAAGAGAAAGAAAAGAAACUGGCUGAUUUGAGAGCCUCCCAUGAAGAAGAAAAGAAGAAACUCCAGAAACAAACAGAAAUAAAGGCAAGACAACAAGCUGAGAGAGAAUUUUGUGCCCGACUUGAGGAAUAUGUCAAAGAAGCAAAGUUAGAGGGAAGACAAGAAGCUGAGAGAGAAUUUUUUCAUCAGCUUGAAGAAAAGGUUAAAGAAGCAAGAGGAAAGGCUCAUGAGGAGGGUUUUAGAAAGGGUGAAAAAGCUGGAACUCAGAAAGUAAAGGCUCAGAGAACCAAGCCUGGCAAAGCCAUUGAUGUUGCUAUUAACCGUGUAAUGCAAACAUUUUUUAAGAAAUAAGAAGAAGAAUAUAAUAUUGAGAAGAAAAAAGAAAUAAGAAUUAUAAUGUAUAUGUAUUUGGGGCCAGCAUGUGAUAAACCUUUGUGUAUUAAUUAACUUGUGUUUGCUUUAACCUUAUGUGAACUAAUUUUUGUUGUUCCAUUGGGAGCCUCCCAGGAUGAUAAGGAUGGCGAGUACUUCAAGGCCUUUGUAACACAUGGCUCCUUGUUUUAAUAAAAUCUUCCUGAGUGAACCCAAACACAUAUCAUACCAAUGGAACCCGUUUUGUUCUUCAUCAUCCUGAUCAUCUUCUUGUUCAUCUGUAAUGGACAGGUGAAGAUUCAAUAUUGGAAAGUAAAUAUUCAUAAUGGUCUUACAGAUUGUACCAAUAGUUUAAUGAUGAAUACUAUGCAGUCAUGGGAAAAAGAAAGUACACCCUCCUUCAAUUCUGUUUUUAUUUAUCAGCACAUAAAUGACAAUUGUGUGGUCCUCACCAACUUCUACAAACAAAUAACUUCCGAUGACAACUCCAAAAAGAAAACACAACCGAUUUCAAUAUGUAGUCAUUUUUUGCCAAAAAGUAAACCAACAUUCAGAAACCAGGUGGGAAAAAAUAAGUGCACCCUUCCUACUUCUACAAUCAUUAAGAGUGUAAUUAGCAGCCAGGUGUUACUAAUGAAAUCCACAAGAUUACUUAAUCAUCAAGAAGUGAGACUGCCUCUAUAAAAGCAGAACUUUUUCAGUUCUGAGUUCUGGAGCACUCAGGUGUGCCUACAUCAUGCUAAGAAGAAAGGACCUCAGAGAAGCAGUUGUUGUUGUUGCUCAUCUAUCUGAAUGGUUUCUGAAUGUUGGUUUACUUUUUGGGAAAAAUGUUGUUGUCAUCUGAGGUUAUUUAUUUGUUUAUAAGUUGGUGAGGACCACACAAUUGAUGAAUAAAAACAGAAUUGAAAUGGGUGUGCUUUUUUCCCCAUGACUGUGCCAAUGAUUUUGCUCUGUUUAGUCCUACGUAAUAAUAUUUAAUCACAAAGAAACUACUGUUCUGUACUGUUCUAUUCUUUCCUCUCUGCCUUCUCUGUAACUACUUCUCUAGAAACUCAUCUAUAGGACAGGUUAUUGGAUAAAUAUCCAGCAUCAGUACCAUGUAGGUUUUGGCACAGUUUUCUUCAGUAGAAGCAUCAUCCUUUUAUUUUAUACAUAUUUUUUUAUGUCAUGCUCUGACAGUGACUUAUGCACACAUCUUAAUCAAACUGUCAGGGAUGGAUGCAAGUGCAGGUACGCAAAAGUAUUUAUUAAGAAAGCUUGCAACAAUUCCAAUACAUAGAGCAAAAAUCAGUAACAGGAAACUGACAAUGGUCAGGUGAUCGGCACACAACAUUAAUUACCCAAGGCAAGAGACAAAAACCAGAAAACCAGAAAAAGGAUCAAAACGAGAAUAUCACAAUAGAAUCAAGCCUUGGUAUCAAGCCUAGUAGACUUGUAUCAAAGACCCAGAGCAUAUAUUUUGCACCACACAAAGAAAAACGAGGGCUUACAUACAAAGAUAAUUAAGGGGUGAACUGAAAACAGGUGAAAGUAUAAAUGACAAUACAAAUCAAAUCAAAGUUUAUUGGUCAUACACUUAACCAUACACAGUACGACAUGCAGUGAGAUGCCUUUUACGAAUGUCUGGUGACAUAAAACAGAAUUUACAUAAAAACAGAAUUUACUUACAUAGAAAUAGAAAAAGAAAAAUAUAAAAAAUAUAAAUAUAAAAGAUAUAAAAGAUAGAUGGCAAAACUUUGGACUGUAUAUUGUAAAAAGUGCAGGUAUGUGCAGUAGUAUGUACAACACAAUGCUGUGCAGCAUUAAGCUGAGGUAGUUGCAGUGAAAAAGCUAACAAUAAAAUAAAUAUUCAUUUAUAUGGAAUAUGCUGUGUGUAUUGACAGGAAUGUUAGGUGUGUGGGUGAAUACAUGACAUAAACCACGAGACUAUGAAAUCAUAAUGAGGUCAUGAAAUCAUAAUGUGAUUUUAUAAUUCUUUUAGUUCACUACUUUGAUUUGUUGAAUUAAUAAAAAUAAUGCCAAUUUUUCUGUUAAUUCAAUGCACUCUCCUGGAAAGAAAAAAAUGCCCAUGGUUUGAAGGAUAAAGGCUGAUAUCAUGCAAGAAAAAUGUAGUUAUGUUCAAAGCCAGAAGUGUAUGUGAAUGAGACUCACCCCUGUUUUAGACAAACUCUGCCCCGUGGGUGCGUAACUCUCAUGUAACUUCUGAAUAGAGCCUCUAAGUUAUGUCUGUAGUUAUGUCUGAGAUCUGAAUACUAAUGGGUGUAAUUUCAGUAUUAAAUCCUCACUGAUUGCUGAACUCUACUCUGAAUACAGCCCAAUCUGCUCAUACUGAACAUUCUCUAAACACAAUCAAUACUAUUUGUUUUUACUUUUCUACACCUGUACACAGUGUCACCCAGAAGAGGAUGGAUUCCCUUUUGAAUCUGGUUCUUUUCUUCCUCACGUCAUUUUAGAAAGUUUUUCCUUGUCACUGCCUCUGGUUUGGAUCUAAAUCUGGUUUAGGGAUCUAAAUCUAUAUCUGGUUUGUUUUGUAAAGCUGCUUUGUGACAAUGUCUGUUGUUAAUAGGGCUAUAUAAAUAAAAUUGAAAUUAACUGAAUAUUGCUUGUAUACGCAUGAACAUU